AUGACCCAAGGUGCAAACAACGGCCACCUUAACGGGUUGGCGUUGCCCCACGUCCGAAUACUUCCCCUUUCCUACGACAGCGAAGAUUCCCAGCAAUCCGCGACUCGUCUAAUCCUGACUGUUCGACCAGACUGGGCUUCCGACGACUCCAACAUCGAAUUUAUUCGCUUCACCGACGGCAUCACCAAUACCUUGCUAAAGGCGAUCAACAAGCGGAAGGGCUGGUCCAAGGAGGAUAUAGACAGGGAGGCUAUCCUCCUUCGAGCAUACGGCAAUGGAACCGCUGUCCUCAUCGACCGCGAGCGCGAGGCCCAGAACCACGAGCUUCUCAUGAAGUACGGACUGGCUCCCGAGCUUCUUGCCCGCUUCCAGAAUGGCAUGAUCUAUCGCUUCAUUAAGGGCAGCGUCACAUCCCCCGAGGACCUGAGGAAACCCGCCAUCUACAGGGCUGUCGCUAGUAGAUUGGCCCAGUGGCAUGCGACCGUGCCCUGCAUUACGCACCCGACGUCAGCGAACAGCCAUGUCGACGAGAACGGUGCAAACGGUGACCAAGACCCAGAUGCUAUCAUCGAGAACGCUGCACCUGGCAAGCCAGUGCCGAACCUGUGGACCGUAAUGCAGAAGUGGAUACUGGCGCUGCCUAUCAACACUCAAGUCCAAAGGGAGAGACAAGAGAAGCUCCAGAGGGAGCUGGAGUAUAUCGUGAAGGAGUUCAGUCAACGACCCGGCCUUGGUGCCGAUGGUCUCGUCUUUGCCCACUGCGACCUUUUGAGCGGAAACGUGAUUGUGCUGCCGAGCAGCCUGCCUGCGAAGGGCAGUAAGAAGGAAGCCACAGUGACGUUCAUUGACUACGAGUACGCCACGCCCUCCCCGGCAGCAUUCGACAUCGCCAAUCACUUCGCUGAGUGGGGUGGUUUCGACUGCGACUACAACGUGUUGCCCACCAAGUCCCAACGCCGAGAGUUCAUUGAGGAAUACGUCCGCUCAUACUUCAGGUGUUCCCAAGGUAAUACGGGAGUUGAUAUCGAGGCGGAGACCCGGAAACUCAACGACGAGGUUGACCUGUUCCGUGGCGUGCCGGGUUUCUACUGGGGCAUCUGGGCGCUGAUCCAAGCUGUCAUCUCGGAGAUUGACUUUGACUAUGCCUCGUAUGCGGAGACGCGUCUGUCUGAGUACUGGGCAUGGAAAGAGGAGAAGGAAGGCGACCGGGCGGCGGCCGGCAAAGAGAUGCCCCUGCGCGAGAGACGAUGGGAACAAAUGGAAUAA